AUGGAAAGUGACAAUAAGGCUUCUGGAAAUUACGAUAAAUAUGAAAACGAAAGCAGUUCUCAUUCGACACCAGGCGAACAUAAGUCUUUUGCUGAAUUUGCAAAAGAUAAGCUGGAUAGUGCUGGCAGAGAAUUGCGGAGACGACUACCCAUAGCUGGUCAAAUAGGGGCACACCUUAUGCACCCUCGCAGACUGUUACUACAUUCUACUCCGACACAACAAACCGAUGUGGUUCUCAUCUUCCCUAAAGGUAUCCCAGACAGCAUGCUUCUAUGGCUAUUACAAAAAUUACGUGGUAGUCGUCCAAGGCUCCGUGUGUGCGUGCGACAACACGCCUCCUCACAAUGCUCUGCCUUCUAUAUAACAGCUGACGACGAUGUACUCUUGCAAACAGCUGAGGAGAUCCACUUGCCAAAACAACUUAAACCAGAGUUUGGAGGAGGGUAUAAAGAGUUCACUGUUCGUGAUAUGCAUUGUUUUCAAAAGGGAUCUUCAGCAUCAGAACUCCUUAGUUCCCAAGAAAGAGGCGAGCUCGUUAAACACGUGCUAGAAGCAGCUAGAGCAGAGCCAGGAGAUGAACUAGCUUUAGAACCGGCGUUAACAUUACGACCAGGACAAAGCAUUGUUCCGGCAUGCGUUAGCCGUGGUGUUAUAGGGAGUAUGUUUCCGCUUCACGAGCGAAAUGAAUUGGAGAGUUUAAGGAAGAAAUGGGUCAAGACGUUCUUCUCGCCACAACCUUUAGAUGAGAUUAGCGAAUACUUCGGGGUGAAGAUAGCUAUGUACUUCGCAUGGCUGGGGCAUUAUACACGCUCGCUCACUGUACCCGCCGUCGUCGGCUUCGUGUUUUGGGUUUGGCUGGGUACAGCGAGUGACAACUGGAAAGAUAUAGCUCACGUUUUGUUUUCCUUGUUCAACGUAUUAUGGGCGUGUGUUUAUUUGGAGACGUGGAAAAGGUAUUCCAACGUGUUAGCGUAUAAAUGGGGCACGUUGGAUCAGAGAGAUGACUUGCUCCUGGAACCAAGACCUCUGUUUCAGGGUGAGAUGAGUAUAAGCCCGGUAACGGGUCGCCCCGAGCCGCAGUAUGCGGCUUGGCGACGCCGCGUUUGGCGUCACUGCGUCUCCUUCCCCGUCAUGCUGUUGUGUCUAGGUGUUGCUGGAGUCGCCACUUUCGCGUUAUUAUUAGCUCAGGAUUGGUGGGAACACAGAAUAGGCUACUUUAAUUGGAUACCACGUGCCGCUUUGGCUAUUAUUAUAGCUUUGGAAGAGGAGGCAUACUCAAGGAUAGCCAGAUGGCUCAAUGACAAAGAAAAUUAUCGGCUUGAGACAAAGUAUGAGAACCAUCUGAUUGUGAAAAUUGCAUUGUUUCAGUUCGUAAACUCCUUUAUGAGUUUGUUCUACAUCGCAUUCUAUCUUCAGGAUAUGGAUAAGUUGAAAGAGCAACUAGCAGUUCUCCUUAUAACGAGACAGAUAAUUGGUAAUCUGAAGGAAUCUGCGCUGCCGUAUCUUAUUGAGAAUUUGAGAUUGGCCAAAAUCUGUUUUGACGUGUUUGGAGCUUUGAGCCCUACUAAAGUUCAAACGUCAGAACAGCUAGCUGAACUAUUUGAAAAGGAAAAAAUCUCAUCUAGUGGCGAACCACCGGAGUUAUUAUUGAACGGCACAGACAAAGACAGACGUGAUUCAGAACCUGUCGUGGGACAAAAGGUCAUACAUCAGGCUGAGCUGGAGUCACAAUUGUUUAAGUACGAAGGCACAUUCGCUGAAUACCUGGAGAUGUUGACUCAACUAGGUCACGUGGUAUUGUUCUCCACUGCGUUCCCUCUAGCGGCGUUAUGUGCUCUACUGAAUAACGCAUGUGAGAUACGAGCGGAUGCCUUCAAGCUGUGUCAUGUAGCCCAGCGACCCUUUGGAGAGAGGGUUAAUAGUGUUGGGAGCUGGCAGCACGCAAUGGAAGCGAUGGUAGCAGUAUCUGUAUUAGUUAACUGCGCGUUGAUUGGUCUAUCUGGUCCCGUACAUCGAUUGUUGCCUGACGCGACUCCUGCUCAGACUGUUCUACUCAUUGUGGCUUUAGAGCACGUGGUAUUGGUGACGGUACUGGCUCUACGCGUGGCGAUUCCUGAGAUUCCGGCAUGGCUUGCUACUGAAAUGGCGAAGGUGGAGUUUCAAAGACGGGAGGCUAUCAAUUCUGCGCACGCGCCGCUAUUGUCGGAAUUUCCUAGUCAAGAUGACAUACGUCCCUCUCGCACUCCACGAACAUUGACACCAACCACUCCGAAGCUCGAAAAACCAGUGGAAAAAAAGAAAAUUAAUAUUGGGAAAAUUUCUGAAAUUCCACCAUUUAGGCCUAAAGCAGCUUCUAUAGAUCCAGCAGUGACUACCGGUUCGCUGCAAAUGUUGCAAGAUGUCAGUCCUACUAAGCCUAUAUUACGGAAGGAAGCCAAUCCAGGUGCACCGUUGUCCCUUCUCGGCGUGCGAGGGUUAAGAGAUGAACCACUACACCGGUCUGCGCAUUGUAUUCCACACCCUACUCACCACAGGCCUCUUGUCAACCCUACGCUGCAGGAAUUAUCGGGCAGUGUUAGCGCUGGAGGAUCAGAGCCGGAUUUGAAUGCUGUUCCGUCUCCUACUUCUCUAGACACCAGCGCCACUUCCAGUGAAGACGACAAGCCUAAAGACAAGGACAAGAGCAGUCGUUCCCGCGCACGUGCCGCUCUAGUGAAACGCGUCCGAUCAGUGGCAGUAUUUUCUCUGGGACUGCGUAAAGCACGUGAAGCUGCGCAGGCGCACGACAAACACUCGCCACACACACCAGAGCGACCGCUGACUACGCCGGGUCAUCCGGCGCCAAUAUUAGGUGGCGAAUUAUCCCUAAUCCCCAUAGAACAGCUGAUCCAGGUGGAUGAUGUCAAACCAAGGCCGUCAACGUAA